UUCUUUGCAGGCGUGUGUAGCAAAGGUGUCGACGAUUCCGGUGCUUAUCGCGGUAGCGCCAUUUUCAUUAGUGGAAUAAAUACAUGGAAAGAAAUUCAGUUUAGCUUUUUUUGGUCGUCUCGUCAGUCCAGUGUUUGUCGUCGGGUUAAAUAGAUGUGGUGCGUUCAAUGAGUCGUUUAUUUAGCGGUUGACAACUUUAUUGUCAGGCGAUCUCGCGAUUGUUGUGUCGAUGUUGAUCUACUAUCUCGCGAGUUCUUCUUCCAUACACGGUGCAGCUAGCAGCGAGCGGGGGAAUCACUUACUAAGAGCAGCGGAUAAGGCAACAUCUGCGGAAUAGUUUUGAGAGGAGGAUUAAGGGUUCAAGUGGUGAGCAGUUCGGCGCGGAAUAUCGAUCAACAUGCUGAAAUUCAGCGGUCCUAAUUGGUUCUCUCGGCCGCAAUCGCGGAAGAAAACGAAACCUCCCCGGCCGUCGGUAACGUUUUGGGACCAGCCGCAGCAGGACCAACAACCGCAAGUUCCGCCGCCACAGAAAACGUCACGGAAAAAGAAAAGCUGUCUUCGUCCGGUUGAACAACAACAGCAGCAGAUUUUGCAGCAGCAGGUCUCGUGGUCAAGUGUCGAUCACGACAGUCAACCGAGCAGCUUCGAAGAAAGCAUCUUUUCCAGACAAAACAGUCUCCGAACAAGUGUCACCAGUCAGGGUAGCUGCAGUGCCAGUUUCGCUGCCAGUAGCAGCAGCAGCAGCAGGAGGCCACCGCCACCAAGACGUCCAGCUAGGAGAGUCAUGGCCGAUUCGGAGAAGGAGGAAGCGGUUAACUUGCAAGUUGAAUUCGAAUGGGUGUUGCGCGAAGAGGUUCACUCGGUGCUUAAACAACUGCAUGCCAUUCUGGUGGAAUGUGCCCAUCGCUUUCCGGUGCCUCUCUACGGUAACGAAGGAAAAAAGCAGGACAAAUUCGUUCUGACUGCCGCCCCGGAGCAGCUCAAGUGUGUCGUCACGCUAACUGGUGAUAGCAUCACACAUGCGGACAUCAACUUCAAAGUUCAGAGGCAACAGCAGCAGACUCAACGUACCACGAUUACGCAGGAUUACCCGUGGAAGAUCCAGCAGGUGCAGGAUGCCGCCAAUCAUCUCCAGCAAGCAAUAAACCACAUCGACAAUGUGGAUAGUUCGUACAACUUUAAAACGUCCGACGAGGUGUUGCACAUCUUGGGAAACAUACUGGGAGCUUUACAGCGGGGACGUACCUCACUGGUGGUACCUCGCAAGAAACCAAUUGACGAGCUGAUGAAGAGCCGAAACAUGAAAGCCUUGUCGCCGAAUCUGCCGGAAGAUUUGGCCAUUAGCUUCUACAUCCAGAGCCACAAGCUGAUUUUUGUGGCUUAUCAGCUGACGAAUUUUCAGGGCACGAUGAAGUUCGACUCCUGCCAGGCUGAGUGCUCGGUACCGUGGCUGAACGAGGUACUGGUACUCUUCACGGUGGCGCUUCAACUGUGCCAACAAUUGAAGGAUAAGAUUUCAGUUUUCUCUCAGUAUAAAGAUUUCACCGUUGGCUCGCGGUCGGCUUCUGCGUUGUCCUAUUGAUUGGACCGGUCGCCGGCACCGGAAGCACUUCUGCCGUGCCUGGCAUAAGAGAGAGUACACAGGACAACGUGCCGUACUCCGUAACACUACUAUAUAAACCCUAGCGUAGCGUAGUCCCCUUGUUGUAGCAGUCAGUAGUGUCGUGAAAUGGUGUGGUCCUUCCCCAUUUUCCCAACAAAAGAAAAUUGAAGUUCAAACCCCGAAUAGUUCCAAACCCCGCGGCUUUACACCACAAAAUACGGUCGAUUGAUUUACACACACAUCGGGAAACUAUUUCCAGAUGGACGGACACUGGACGCGACCGACCGCCCGUUGUUGAAAAUAUUAAUGUUUGUUACUCUAGUAAUUACUUGUGUUGUUAUAUAAGCGUUAGAGCAAUAAGGUUGCGGAAAGCUGAUUGUAAUGGGGCCAACGGCCCCCUCCAGCCGCCGCCGUCGAAAGUCAACCAUGAAAAAGAACAAAAAACUACUGUAGAAAUCACAAUAACAGCUGAUUUCUCCGAUUGUGCGAUUCACGCGGAUCGCCCAGACAGCAUGCAAGCAACAACUCAUUUAGAUAAGCGAAAAAUGUACUGAAGAAACGUAAGUAAACAAAUUCGACAUUAAUAGUGGCAAAUAUCCACUCGGCUCUGCGCGCGCACGCUAGAAGUUCGGUUCUAUCCCGUCGUCCCCACCCCGGUUGUUGGGUUUGACUGGCUGGAUCACUGACAAAAAACACCCGGCCCGGCAGUUUGUACUUAGAUAAUUUACACGUUUGUGCGUUUAUCAGAAAAGAGCAGAGCGCAGAAGCAGGCUUCGUUGGAGGCGCGCUAACUCGCUCGCACCUAUAGGUAUGGUUCGAUAUAGCUGGAAUCUCGCAGGAUACUGCUGGGCUAUAGCCGGCGGGUAGCUAGCACUGUGGAGCAUUUGUAUAUUGUAUUUAAAAACCUCCUCCAAGAUAGGUUAGGUAGAUUACCUUUAGUUUGUUUGGAAAGUGCUACAAAUAGGUUUUAUCUUUUAUGCGAAAAAUAUAAAGCCCGUUU